AUGGACAUCAUCCUUAAUGAUACAGACAUAGAACAAGAAUGGACAACAUCAGAUCAGGAAACUGAAAAUUUUGUGAAGAACAUAAAGUUUUUGAAACUUCUCCCCUUGAAUAAGGAAUGGAAAAGCAAAAUUAGUGAUAGUUCAGUACAAUCUGAUAACAAGAAGAUGGAGUCUGUACCAAUAGUCUUAAUACUGGCAACAGCAGGUGGUAGUGAAGAAAUAAGGGAUAGUACAGAACCAGAAGCUUCUGUUGAUGAGAAAUCAAUACUUAUUAGUAACGAAGAUGUAGAAAAUAUUAAAGAAGAAGAUGAUUAUCAAAUUAUAGAUCCAAAUGUAAGUUUAAAAACGAAUCCAGAAGUAGAAGAUUCGGUUAAAAACAUUGAAGAAACUGUAGAUCAUGUGGUUAGAGAAGAAUUAAGAACAACCGUCCAACCAAUUCAUGAUCAAGAUGUGAAUAUUGAAGAAAUAGAUAAAGAAGAUAUAACAGAAAUAGAAGAAAUCAAGAAUGAUAUAGAUGAAGCUCUAUCGGAUUGCAAGAAGGACAAAAAUUGCAAAUUUACACCAGACGAUGACAGUUCAGAAAUAACAGAAGAUUUAUUUGUUAGUCAAGAAAAAUACAGUUUAGAAGAUUCAGAACACAGUUUAGUUAAAGAUGAGAAAAGUUUAGAUAAAACAUACAAACUAUCAAUCGUGAUCAAUAAAUAUAUAAUUGUUAAAUAA